AUGCUCGGAGCCUUCGUCAAGGCGAAAAUGAAGCAGAAGAAGCUCGCCAUCACCCGCAAGUCGCAAGGUCUCCCGGAAGGAGGGGUUAUCACGUGCGAUGACGUCAUGCAAAAAUACCUCGAGGACGAACGCCAGAAGGUCGAGGCCGUGGAAGCUCUGAAAGAAAAAAGAAUGGCACGGGAGAUCAAGAGGGCAGCGAGGGAAGCUGCGAGCUUGGAACAGGGGGCAAACCGCGCAGGGCGUGGGCAUGGACGGGGAGGAGGGCGAGGCGACACAAGGGGUGAAGGCUCUAGUGGGCGGGAGGUCAGGGGCAAGGGCGGGGGCGAAGAGAAGGAAGGGGCGGGCGUGGGAUGGGCGGCGCGGCGGGCGGGGGGGCGUUCGUGAUCAAGUGGGGGAGGGGAUUGUGGCGAAUGCCACUGGGCGGGGUGCUGGUCGUGGUCGAGUGGUCGGAGGGGUAGUGGGGAAUGCCGGCGUAUCCAGGUCAGGGCGAACGCUGACGCCGGCACGCGUAGUCGACGUGUAGGUUUUUCUGUACCGAUCCGAACUCAACCUAGUUUGAUUCCAAAUCGGUUGAAACCGCCCUUGGAAUUGGCAAGGAGUCGGCAAUCAAAUGGUUGGAGUUUUUUUUUGGAGCGUCGAGCAGUUCUGCGAUUGUACGAGGCCACGCUGUACUAUACCGUUCUAGCGGUUUGAAUCAGUUUCUGACUGGAAAAAUCCGGGGAUGUGACCACUCUGUCCCCGGUUGGGGUCUCCUCCCCCCCGUUUGUAUUUACUUGCUCCUUGCUUUAGUGUCGAGGUCUGUGUCAAACGGCGAAUCAUGGGGUGAAAGCGAAGCAGAGAAAAACAGGAGAUGCAGCGUCGUGCAUAUCGGGACUGGGGGUUGCCGUAGACGGACGCGAACACCGGUAAAUGCACCCGCUUCGUA